UUGAAACUACAGGAAGAUACGGAGGACUUUUACAAAACAGUAAUAGAGAUUGUUGUCCAGAAGGAUAGCAUGGACUUAUAUUCAUCUUCAAGUCAAGGUACAAAACAAUCAUCCAGGAUGGCGGCAGUCUGUGUAAUCGCAUUAAGCGUCCUACUCACUACAGCUCUUUCUGCACCUGUGAAUGUGGAGGAGGACUUCCAGACCUUCUUCCACGGGGAGGACUACCACAUCCGGCUGCCCUCUCUGGCGCUGGACGUCACGUUUAGGAACCGCUCCUCUCCGCGGUCCGGAGACGUGUUCCUGAUGCGCGGCGGCAUCGUGGUCAACAGUCGGGCCAAACUCAACAGCCAUUUCAGCCACCUGAUCAUCGACGCUGUGGACGAGGGAGACGAGGGCGUUUACACAGUGAAGAACCCGGAGACGCUCCAGGACGUCCAGCGCACCACGCUUAUUGUCCGAGAUUGCUCCAACGAGCUGAUCGUUAAAUAUGGAGAUCACUUCAAUAUUCCGCUGUUGGGGAUGACCACCCCCAUCACCCUGGAGUACAGGCCCAGUGCUGUGGAGGCCAACCAGACGUCCAGACCUGCUCUGAUGCUGCUGACCAGCACCGGGAUGUCCAGGGACGGAUACCAGGGGCGCAUCAGCGUCAGCGAGCGCCACGCCUCGCUCAGCGCGGUCUCUGGGGCCGACGAGGGCAGCUACACCGUCAGGGAUGCUGAAGGUGUUAUCCAGAGGAAAGUGUGUCUCAAUGUCAAAGAGCAUCAGAACUUUGUAAAGCUGCACCACGGUAAAACUCUGAAGAUCAACCUGAUACUCAACAGCUCCUUGGUGCACCUGUACUACACCUCCGACUACGACCACACACCCCAUCUGCUGCUGGACAAGGGAGAAUUCACAAGUGCCCAAGCAGAUCUGGGUUUCGAGGAGCGUCUCUAUAUGGAUGGUUCUUGGAUUUUUCUGGAUCAGGUGAAAACUUCUGAUGUGGGCGAGUUCAAAGUGACCGACAUACUGGGCUUCACCGUGUCCACCACCCACCUGGGACUACUGCGUAAGGACUGGGAUGUGGCUGAUGAGGAAUCCUACAGACUGGAGUCGCUGUACGUGGCCAUCAUUGCCAUGUUGGGCUUCCUGGCUUUCCUUCUGCUGGUGUGUCUGCUGUCCUGCCUGAUCAAAGUGAAGAAGAGGGGGCAGAGGGGGGCGGCCCUGGAGAAGAUCGCCCAGAAAUCAGGGGAGGACGAGGGAGAGGCCUUCAGACAGGUGGUCAAGAACAUCACCAAACUCAGUGAAGACUCCAAGCACUCCCAGGCCGACAACACAGAGAAGUCCCAGAGCACUGAGGUGGAUAUCAAAGGUCUGGAGGUUUCCUCUAAAGAGGUUGGGAUGGGUAACCUCGACACCAGUGACUCUGGCGUUGGGUUUAACACCGCCCUCCCUCUGGACACUGACACUGAUGCCGCCGAUCAUAACCUCGACUCUGUGGCUGUAAGCGUCUCUGAAGCCCCACCAAGCCCCCCGCCCGCUGCUGCUGCCGAGUCCAAGCCAAGCACUCCUCCUGCUGUGGAAGUAAAAUCAAGUCCAGUAGUUAAAACUAAAGCCCCUCCAACACCUGAGCCUACAAAAACCCCCGAGCCCACGAAAACCCCAGAUCCACCAGUUGAGAUUAAGCUAGACGUGCCCAAACCUGCAGAUGUUAAGCUCAGCCCAGCCUUAACCCCUGAGCUCAAGUUUAGUCUGAGUCCAGCUGAUCCAAAACCUGCACCCACCCCGAGCCCAGAGCCCAAAUCACCUGCUCCGAAAGCCCCCUCUCCAUUACCUGAAAGUAAAAGUGCCCUGACUCCAACCCCUGAAAGUAAAAGUGCCCUGACUCCAACGGCUGAAAGUAAAAGUGCCCUGACUCCAACGGCUGAAAGUAAAAGUGCCCUGACUCCAACGGCUGAAAGUAAAAGUGCCCUGACUCCAACGGCUGAAAGUAAAAGUGCCCUGACUCCAACCCCUGAAAGUAAAAGUGCCCUGACUUCAACGGCUGAAAGUAAAAGUGCCCUGACUCCAACGGCUGAAAGUAAAAGUGCCCUGACUCCAACGGCUGAAAGUAAAAGUGCCCUGACUCCAACGGCUGAAAGUAAAAGUGCCCUGACUCCUACGGCUGAAAGUAAAAGUGCCCUGACUCCAACCCCUGAAAGUAAAAGUGCCCUGACUCCUACGGCUGAAAGUAAAAGUGCCCUGACUCCAACCCCUGAAAGUAAACGUGCCCUGACUCCAACCCCUGAAAGUAAAAGUGCCCUGACUCCAACUCCUGAGCCCUCUAAGCCCACCACACCCGAGCCCAUCACCAACGGUACGCCUGAGCCAGACUCCAAACCCAGCCCGGAUCACAUUGAUAUCAUCGAGGCUCCAAAAGCAGCUACCCCGAAAACCCCUGAAGUCGAGCCGAAAUCUAGUGGCGCUGCAAUGGAGGCCAGCAAAGAUGGCGCCGCGGCUGAGGAUCCAACCACCACCACCUGAGAACUGCCCCUGCAAAACACCAAGGGAAGCCCCACAGAUAUUCUCAAUCUACCACCACUGACAAUCGAACACCCCCCACCAAAUAAUGAAGAAACCACUGAAACUGGAGCGAGGACUUCGGUCCAACAUGUCUAACACCUGAACACAAUAUUACUUUGAUAACGGUAUCUAACUCACAAACUAACACAUAGCCUGUGAGACUUUUUGAUUCACAACAACGUAUACAUAUACAGUAACAGAUGUGGCUUGUUGUUAAAAUCUGUUUUUUGGUAACUUUAUAUUAGAACUGUCAGACUGCAAAUUAACUCCUUUGCAGAGUUUACAAAUAAAACUCCACAUAAGGUUUUUCUAACAUAAUGAGGUAGCCAGAGAGGUUUACAACAUUACAUUAAAACAAAUAUUCUAGUAUAUUGUCAGACCUAACUGUUUCCAAUCUAAAAUGCUUGUUCCUCUAUCAGCAUGUGGAUAAAAUGCAUGAAAUUUACAGCCACUCAGAUUUUUUUUUAGAUUGGACAUCAUCAAAACAAGAAAAUGAAAGCGCUUUGAUCACACGCUGUACAUACUGUAGCAGAAAUAUGGCCUCUGAAACAUCUGCAAUACAUGAUCACAUAUAGGAAAACAAUUCGUUUUGCGUAACUUCACCAAACUAAUAAUACUAACUUUACUAUUUAUAGCCUCUGAUAUUGAUAUUCAGUCUCCCAAUGGAUAUCUCCGCUGAUUAAAAUGUGUUUUGCCGACUGAUCCCCAAAGUCCGGAUCAACCACUUUGCUGCCUUUUGAUCUGGAUUUCCCCGCGGCUCUAUAAAAGUCCCAUUAUUCCUUCAGUUUUAUAGCAAGCUUAUAACAGCAGCAACUCCAGCACUUAAUAGGACCACCAUGUUCCCGCUGUGUUUCCAAGGUGAAACCCUGAAUGAAAGCGUCUGGUGAGGUCGAAAAGUUAGCACGUGCUAGCUUGUCCCUUCUUUUUUUGUAUCAACCUUCCCUUCUUCAUUGUCUACUAAUUAAGUAAUUCUUCCCUGACCCUUCCCCUUCUUUUUUUAUCCCUUUUCUCCGUUCCUUCGCGGAGCAUUACUUACUUAAAAGGACAGAUCACCCCAAAACACAGAAGGCAUAUUUGCUCUGUUACCUGUGGUGCUGUUCAUUAAUCUAAAUCGUUCUGGUGUGUGUUGCCAAGUGUUGGAGAUACCUGCCGUAGGGAUGUCUGCCCUUGUUUUAAAUAUAAUGAAACUACAUAGUACUUGGCUUGUGGUGCGCAAGUGUGCCAAAAAUGAAUUAAAAAAACACAACAGCAAUGUUUCUUUCUACGUUUCUUUCUACCAACUAAAGUACACCUGCUACAAAGGGAAGCGUGCAUCCACCUCCUUUUGCACGUGAGCGGGUGUAAUUUGGCAGUAAUAAAGUUGUUUCUACAUUAAACUGAUCGUAACAAGGUGUGUGGAUUAUCUUGAUUAUUGUGAUAUCUGGAAAGAAAUAUUGCUGAUGAGUUUUUUUUGCAAUCUACAUUGAUAAAUGUUACCGGAAGUAAGAGCAGAACAUUAUUUUGCGGUGUCUCUUAAAGUACACAGCCUUUGACAGAGAUUUGAUUAAUCUUUCCAACUAGAUAUUUCCUCUGAAGUAUUUGGUUGUGUUGACAGUGACUUACAGUAGUUCCUGUUUCUUUAAUGGGUCAAAACACUUCAAUGAUGCAUAUAUGGAAGCCACAGCAUCAUUUGUGUGGCUGUUUAACACAGAUCAAACGUAGCUGAACCUCCUGUAUGGUAGAGGGACGUGUGCAGAUACAUUUUAGUGUUACAAAAUGCAUGUCUCUGCCUCAUAUUCUAACCAACCAAUGGAAAGUCCAGGUUCAUUGCACGGAAAUCUAUAAAAACUUUUUUUCAAUUAAGCACAAAAUGACAGCCAUGAAAUUCAGUUAGUGAGAUGUGGGAACAUUUCUUGGUAGCUUUCCUAAAUAAUAGAUUUUUCUUACAGUUCAAUUAAUAUCAUGCGACACUUUAGCAUUUUAAAGAACCAUAUGAUGAGGGAGGUUUAGAUGUCGGAUUUGAUACUAAGAUCGACAAAUAUACUGUAAUAAUGAAUGAAGGGGCCUCGAUGUUCAAUUUACAAAAAGUAUCAGAUAGUCAGAUGUUUUACACAAACUCUGGAUAGGUCUCAUUUCUAGACUGGAUCUGUAAAAGAAACACAAACCUAUAUUGGCAAUACUAACAAUUGUCUUUACACACACGCACACACACAAACACACACACACAUUCCAGCCUUGUAAAUAUUGCAUGUGUACGCCGGUGUAACCCCCUACAGGCUGAAUGUUUCUCGUGUAUAGAAUGGUUGUUGUAUUAUACUGAAUAAUAAAGAAGAAUUUAACAUUUCUCACUCAAAUUAAAUCCAGAAUAUAAAAUAUAUACGCUCACAGUACUAUAAUCUAUCUACACUAAUAUUCACUAACAUCUUGAACUAAUUUAAGAACCAAAUAUUGUAAAAAAAUCCAUUAAAGAGUAUAUUAGAUCUUUUGAGAUCUGCUGUUAUUGCCAACCUGACGGUACUCGCAGCAUCCUUCACAGUAUUUACGUGUUGUAUUAAAAUGUUUAACCUACGUCACCUAAAGCUGCAGCAUGCCCACGACAUGAAAAACAGGCUUUUAUCGUCCUAAAGUGUGUGUGUGUGUCCAGAGGAGUGACGUUUCAAUGUUGCCAUCAUUGUGUGUUUGGGGUUUCUGUGUUUUUGCCUAUGACGCACACGUGUGAAUGAUUUACGAGUGGUUUAUUGUGCGUGCUGAAUCUAUGCAUAGCCAGCGUGUACAGAGUGACCCGACUGUACUUUAUUUGAGCUUCUCCGUGUGUGUUGUCGAGUGAGGUAUUCAUGUGCCUGCUUAAAUCGUCCCGCAACAUGAAGAAACCAAGUGCUGUGUUUAAGUGUGAAUGUGUGUAAAGCCACAGAAUAUUGUAAAAGAUAUCGUAACUUUGAGAUAUUUGAGUGACUCUUGUCUUUGUUUAGUGCCUCUUGUCAUUUGCCGACACUCCUAAUGGCACCUUUUUCUUGAAACGUAGGGUAUUCACGAAACAUUUUCGCACACCCGACUGAACAACAAGUGGCUGGCCUGUGAUAUGCUUUGGAGAUAUCUAUAAUGUAUAAAAACGUUGAAAGUGAUUAUGGUUUUCCAGAUUAAUAUAAGUAGCAUAAUGAGUGCUGAUGGCGCUCUGUUUGUAAGUGAGUGGUGUUUCAAAUAGCAUUAUUCAAGUCUGUGGCACAGCAAGGAGUUGGUGAGUGAUCAGAUGAACGCUUUGUAACCAACAGGGUUUGGUUGUGGUGAGCAUUUGACGAGAGACUGACCUAAAAGCAUUUCCAUACACCACCGCUACUGUACAGUAUUAUUGUCAGUGAUUGUAAUACCAAGCCACUCCAGUCAGAGUGAGUAGGGUUGUGAGAGAGGCAGGACAAGCCUUUAGUUUACCAGCAUCUCAAAGAAGGCUCAGUCUGGUGGGUUAUUGGAGAUUCUGGUGUUUUACCCACCAAUAACUAAUAGAUAACUACUAGUUUUACUACCACUUCUGCACUUCUUGCACUAUGUGAGUCAUCUCUGCCCUGAUCUUCUCUGUUUACUUCUGCUGUUCUGGCCUUGGUGUGUGCGUGUAUGUGUGUGAGAAUGUGUGUGUGUAUGUGUGAGUGUAUGGUGUGACAUCUCUCUGUACUCCCUUUUUGCACAACACUUCACACACAGAUGUUUUGUAAAGAAAAUAUUUUUUGUUUCUUUAUUUCAUGUCUAAAGGAAUACUAAGAAUAAACAAGCGAUUAUGACA